CCCAUAACUUAUUUAGCCGUGAAUUGCGGUUAUUUGCACUUUGAUUUCUUUUGUAAUUAUAUAUAUAUAUUUAGCUUCCAUCUUUGUCUUCAAACCUUUACUCUCACAAAUUGACACACAUUAGCCUUGUUUCAUGACAGGGUGUUGCAAAUUUUGUUUUUGUUAAAGAUGCAGUUUUUUCACAAACCUACCAAGGUUCAGUCUCUGAUUAAUUUCAUUCUAGUCACUAGUUCAUUUUGUGGCAUAUAUGUUCUUGUAUCAGUGUUGUUCUUGGGAACAUCAAAGCUAGUACAAUUUCAUUCUUCAUCAAAAUACGUGUCAACACCAACACAAACAACUCUUGAUCAUGUUGUGUUUGGGAUUGCAUCAAGCAAAGGAUCAUGGCCUAAGAGAAAAGAGUUUGUUAAAUUGUGGUGGAAACCAAACAAUUCAAUGAAGGGUUGUGUGUUCUUGGAUACACUACCAGAUGAAGAGAAGCAAGGUAGGGAUGAUAAGAAUUCCCUCCCUCCUCUCUGCGUCUCUCAAGACACUUCCCGGUUUCGCUACACGUGCCACGGUGGCCUGAGGUCAGCCAUACGCGUGGCACGUGUAGUUGCCGAGACAGUGGCCUUGAACCAUUCAAACGUGAGGUGGUAUGUGUUCGGCGACGACGACACCGUCUUCUUCCCGGAGAAUGUGGUGAAGACACUUUCUAAGUAUGAUCAUGAGCUAUGGUACUAUAUUGGUUCGCACUCUGAGGUUUAUGAGCAGAAUAGGUUGUUUGGUUUUGGAAUGGCUUUUGGCGGCGCUGGUUUUGCCAUCAGUUCUUCCCUUGCAAAGGUUUUAGCCAAGGUUUUUGAUUCUUGUAUUCAAAGAUACCAUUUUCUCUAUGGUAGUGAUGGCAGGGUGUAUUCUUGCUUAGCUGAACUUGGUGUUGGAUUAACACAUGAACCAGGUUUUCACCAGGUGGAUUUGCGCGGAAAUACCUUUGGCUUAUUGGCUGCACAUCCAGUGUCUCCAUUGUUGUCCUUGCAUCAUCCAGAAUACACUGAUCCAAUCUUUCCAAACAUGACAACUACACAAGCUUUGAGACAUUUCUUUGGAGCAGUGAAGGUUGAUUCUCAGAGGAUGCUGCAACAAACAGUCUGCUAUAACAGCAGGUUUUCGUGGACGAUUUCCGUGUCUUGGGGAUACACGGUUCAGGUUUUCCCUAACCAUAUGCCAUUGAGAGAAGUUAUCAAGGUUCAAGAAACAUUCAGGCAGUGGAGAAAGGGAAACUUGUUGGCCAAGUCAUUUACUUUCAACACUGUAGAGCCUCACCAUGAUCCAUGUAAAAGGCCAACCAUUUUCUUUCUUGAUAGUGUUUCUUCCGGAAAAGAUGGCAUCAUAAGCAGUUACAAGAGAUCUUUCAGAAAUUGCUCGAGCGAUGCAUCGUCACUAAUGAGGUUGGAAUCGAUCAAAGUGGUCUCCGAUAAGCUCGAUCUUGGCAUCAAACAGUUGAAGGCUCCAAGGAGGCACUGCUGUGAUGUAUUGCCAUCAAGUGGUGGUGACCAGAUGGAAAUUGAAGUCAGAGAAUGCAAAGAUGAAGAAUUGAUUUAUAUGCACUGACAAAUACAUACAUAGUGAUUUCUGUAAUUCUAUUAUGAUAUAUGUGUAGAUAUACUAGUACUAUUAUUUCAGAUAACUGAGAGUUAAAAAUUUUAGGUAGUUUUGCUUUGCCAUCGGUAAUUCUUGCAGAAUCAAAAUAUGCCUCUGGACCAUUUUACGUGCCCAAGAAGGUAGGAGUUUAUCCAUGGACACAUUAUGACAUUUCUUGCAACAAGUUGGUCGGCUGUAAAACAUUUUUGUAAUUGAUGAGAAUAUUUUAAUUUUACUCUUAAUAUUCUCUAAGGUUACAACUCAAUAGGAUAGAGAUUUACCUAUAAAGUUUGUUGUACUUCAAGAUCUGUGUGGCCCUGCUUUCACUUUCUGCUUGUUCUUGUUAUUAACUAUGCUUGAACUUACAACAAAAUUACAUUAAUACUAUUCAACAGAACAAGCAUAUAGGAAGAGGUUCGGAAAAGCUAGAGAGAGACAUUGUGAUUUUUUAUUAUGAAGUAGCAAAGAUUUUCAAUUUAU